UUCAACCCCCAUCCCUCUCUGCCAUUUUUGUUAUUUCCUUGUUCUCCAACACCGACAUCAACACCAAUCCAGCGGCAUCAUUCUUUCCCUUUCUCAUUUUUCUCUCUACUCUCCACCCUCCUCUUUCCUCCUUCCUCCUUCCUCAUUUCCCUUUUCUUUCCCUUUUUUUUGUUCUUUUUCUUUUUCCUUUUCUUUUCUAGUUGGGGUUUAGAACCCAUAUCGGGAUUGGGGUGAAGAAGAUAAGAGAAAAUGCUGAGAACAACACUCUCAGUUGCACCGUCUUCUUCUUCGACACAUUGUCUUUCAAUUUGCAAACCUUCAAUGCGGUCGCCGUCUCCGAACUUCUCUUAUGUUCUCAUCAAUGGCGUCGAUACCAAUGCCUCAAACAAUAACAAUCCUUCUCGAAGACUCACUCUCUUUCAACUUGGCAUCGAGGCGCAUGGCCGAGACUCGAGCAGACGGAUCGUUGAUGAAAGCAUGAUCGUUCUUUGGAAGAGGAUUCAUGAGAUGAAGAUGAUCGAGAGGAACUACGAGCUGCCUGUGGACUGGAUGGAUUGGGAGAAACGUGUCUAUACGAGCUACAAUUCGAUGAUUUGCGAGAUCAUGGGAGUGUUGUGGUCGCAGUUGAUGAACACUCGCCCCAGUGUCAUGCUGGGGAUGAUGGUCCUGAUUGCGCUCAGCUUGCCGAUCUCUACUGCCGUAGUUUUCUCUCAAUUGACGGAGAUGGCUAAGGGGAUUUUGGCCGCCGGCAUUGAUGCUGUAUUUUGAGAAAUUGAAAUUACAAAAUCAUCAUUUUUUUUCCAUGUAAUUUUUCUAAAAUAAAAGUAUUAAUUCGUG